AUGGCUCAACAGUCCGCAAUUCCUGUUGCAAGUAACAAUAAUAAUAGUAGUAAUUUUGGACGAAAAAAUUUCUUGCUAAAAUCUGAGUUAAGGUUAGCCCAGGGAAAUUCGCAUACCGCCAUUAACAACAACGAAUUACAUUAUGCCAGCAGUGAAAACGUAAACGAGACCAAUAAACUUGCCAUUAGUGACAUGAAUGAUAACAAUGCCAACUGCAGUAGUCAAAAUCAUUUAAAUUUAACACCGAACGGACGCUUCAUUGAUAACAAUACAGACUGCAAAUCACUGCAUGGAACGUCAGUUGAGCAAUUAGCAUUACUUGGGCACGUGAAGACUAAUUCUAUUUAUUCCUUUCGCGAACAGUUACCGUCAACUUCAUUUACAUCACAGCCAUCAUCUACUUCCUUACUUCAUUCUGCUACUUUUGUGCCUAGUAAUUUCCAUCAUAUGCAAGCGGACCAUUCAUUAGAAUGCAUUUUUGAUCAUUCUCGCAAAGAAACUAUACUUCCAGUCUGUCAGAAAAAAACUUAUAAUAUUGGAUGUCAACCUUCGAUGAAAGGAAACGAAAGACAGCUUUGGUGUAUUGAUUCAGGUGGUAACAAUGAAGAUUCUGCUUAUGUGGAUGAAAAGUAUGCAAGUGACUUAGAUAUGUCAUGGUAUUCUCAAAAUUUGAGCUAUGCUGAUAAUAAUAAUAGUGGCGAUGAUGCAGAAUACAAUCUUUUUCACAAUGAAGAGCUUCAAUUUGAUCAAGCGAGAUUCAUAGCAUCUGCAGCGGAAAAAUUAUUAACAGCUGAUCGAAAUAUGAAAGAAGCACAACGUUUGAGUUCUUCUAUUUCAAGAAUAAGUCGAACUCGAAACUUAUUCAAUUUAGUCUUCCAUCGUAAAUUGCUACCAUCUAUAAUCAGCAAUCCAGUGCUAAUAAGCAGUACAAAAUCACCACAAUAUUUACAUAGUUUACCUGAAGUACUAGCUUCUCAAAUCAAUCAAAACGAUAACAGUAAAAUUUCGCAGCGCAAUGGAACACGAAAAACAAACAGAACUAGAGAUACUAUCAAAGAGGUGUUGGAACACUCAGGUCCUUACCCACAGAUCGUUCCACCUGCUGGUGGUGGCUACUGGAUGGAUGGUGUGAGUAGCUGUACAAUCAGUAUUGAUGAUGAAGUGGUUGGAUGCUGCCCGGCUACUAGUAGUUGUGCUAGGUCUAAGCUUGAAACUGAUGAUACUUCACAUUGUUACAGGCGACAUUUUGUUGGCAGGGAACAUCAUGAUUUUUACGCAGUAGACAAUAACUUGGGGCCAUUAGUGUUAUCAGUACGAACAGAACUGAUAUCCUCACAAGAUCAUUUUCGAAUUAUGCUACGAACAAGGCAUGGAACAGUACAUGAAAUUGUUCCUGCCUCGGUUAAUUUGUUAGCACUAGCUGACCGACCAACUGCAAGUCGAAUGGCACGUUUAUUAUGUGAUGAAGUUACAACAGAUAGAUUUAGCCCGGUUGCUUUCCCGGGUGGAACAGAAAUGAUUCUGAAAUAUGACGAACACGUUUUAACAAAUACAUACAAAUUCGGUGUAAUUUACCAACGAUUUGGACAGACGACGGAAGAAGAACUUUUUGGAAAUGCAACUCAUUCAGAUGCAUUCGAUGAAUUUCUGAAUAUUAUUGGUGAACGAGUUAAGCUCAGGGAUUUUGAAGGUUAUCGUGGUGGUUUGGAUACACAACAUGGUCAGACUGGUGCAGAAUCGAUUUAUUGUCAAUUCCGACAACGGGAAAUUAUGUUUCACGUAUCAACUAUGCUGCCCUAUACUGCUGGUGACACGCAACAGUUACAACGCAAACGACAUAUCGGCAAUGAUAUAGUUGCCAUUGUUUUUCAGGAAGCAAACACUCCAUUCUCGGCUGAUAUGAUUGCAAGCAAUUUUUUGCACGCUUUCAUUGUUGUUCAACCAAUUCAUCCAUGUACAGACAAAGUACGCUACCGGGUGUCUGUAACAGCACGAGAUGAUGUCCCGUUUUUUGGUCCUACUCUUCCUGCACCUUCUAUUUUCCGGAAAGGUCAAGAAUUUCGAAACUUUUUGCUCACCAAAUUAAUCAACGCUGAAAAUGCUGCUUAUAAGUCGACUAAGUUUGCCAAACUUGCUGAACGAACACGAUCAUCUCUUUUGGAUGCUCUUUACGGUAAUUUAAAAGAACGCGCGCAAUUCUAUGGUCUACCAUUGCUAGAAACAACAGAUACUACAUCACAUCCCAUUGGCAUUUUCCAUUCUGUUAAAAAAGUCCUAACGGGAAGAUCACGUUCAGUAUCGCAAGAUGUUCCAACCACGUCUUGUGCAACACAGUCCACAAUUAUAACAAGCAUAAGUAGCCCCAAAAAUACGAAUCGUAAAUCGUACAAUGCUAUUGAUACUAUUUCAAGUUCUACAGCAUCAACUAGUGGAGCAGGAAGCAGCAUUCAGCAAUAUAACUCGUCUAAUGAAUUCAAAAAACCAACAAUUGAAAAUCAACAUCAAGAGCCUGAUGAUGUAUACAGUAUCCGUGGUGAGAAUCCUGCUGGACUACUAUUACCAUCUCAAAAUCCAAUCUUGAAAACGACUGACCUAUGCAAACAUAAUUACGGAGAGUGGGAUUUGUCAAGUGGUGAGAAUGAGAGUACCGAAAUGGGUCAUGAUUCUGACACCGGCCUGGAAUCACUGUCAUCAGCUGAAGUAGUACAUUCCAUUCGAGUACCGUGUAGUUUCUGUAUCGAUCGUCAAGUGCCAUUACGUGAAGAAGAGAUGAAACGUCUUAAUGAACUUUUGAACGACGUAGAAAAAUUACGAAGUGAACGAACGGAUUUGUUGCGUCAAAAUGUUACUUGCAAAACAGAUAUCAAAAAGUUGAAACAGCGACAAUCAGUAUUAGCUGGAGAUCUGGAUAAAGCGAACGAAGAAAUUGCCAGAUUACGUAAAAUGCUUCGUCGAUCGUUUCCGAUUGAGAACCACAUGGAUGACCAUCAGCAAUGCGCAGAUAAGCACAUCAUGCCUAUCUAA